AUGCUCUCCAAAUAUACAACUUGUGAUAUUUCUGAUGCCCUUUUAAAGCUAUCUCAUCCACACGGUGGCUUCCUCCCCGAUCUCACGCCCUUCUCACAUACUUCAACCCGUAUACUUGGACCAGCAUAUACAGUAAAACUUGUACCAAGUUCAGAUGUCACGUCACCAAAGCUAGGGGUGCAUUUUACUGAUACUGUUCCAGAAGGGAGUGUUGUUUUUGUUUCUGCGCCUGCAGGAGGAAUUAAUGCUGUAUGGGGAGGGCUUUUGAAUACGAGAGCGAAGAUGAAAGGAGCGAAAGGAGUAGUUGUUGAUGGGAGGGUAAGAGAUCUGGAUGAAUUGAGGAACGAAAGCCUAAUGGUAUUUGCUCGCGGUUCUUCUACAUUGUCAGCUAAGCCAUUCACACGCCCUUCCGAGAUAAACGUUCCGGUUACAUUGAACGGAAGUUAUUAUCCACCUAUUGUCAUCAAACCGGGAGAUGUCAUUGUUGGAGAUGUCAAUGGUGUUGUGUGUGUUCCCGUUGAAUUAGUGGACCAGGUUGUUGAGUUAUGUGAGAAGCUUGUUCCGAUGGACGAGAAUGUAAAGACGGCAUUACUUGAAGGGAUGAGCAUUACCGAAGCAUUCAAAAAAUUUAGAGGAUGA